CAAGUGCUUUGCAACACAGCUAGCUGAACAGUCGGCUGGGGUUAUGCGGAGCGUUGAGGCGUAGAUGCGAAGAGCCAGCCGAGGAGCCAGACGAUUCCAAGUGCCAGGGAAGGCUGUAUAAACCGAUGGCCCCGCGCAUAUGACAGUGCCACCCGCUGAGGAUAUUCACAAAGUCCCGCAGAUAACUCUGGGUACUCGCUGAGCGGGUCGCGGGACUUUGGCAGCGACAUGCCACAUGUCGGCGUCAUGCUGACGUCAGUGGGCUCCAGUAGUGGAGUGCCCUUAAGGGUUCGGUGUAGCUAGCUGGCAUGGGCUGUAGUGGAGACAUCGCAAUUGCUCAGCCUGUCGUAGAGGCGAGGUGUAAGGGCUGGUCGCGGCAGGAAAACAUGACACACAUGAAAAACGCAAGCUGCCCGCGCACUGCCAAACGCACACUUGUCAGUUUGUUACCGGCAUAUUGUAUUAUUCGAAACCCAAUACAUGCAAUACAGGCAAGCAUACAGUGCACACCGCCCUAUAGACACGCGCUAGGCGACUCAAAACCUGAUGUAAGCAGCUUUAAAUAUGGUCGCAUCAUUAGUAUGCUUAGAAGAUGCGGGCGCUCGCGCCGAUGCUGCGCGCGAAACGUCGGGACAGAUCGCUGCGUUGCUCGCGCAAAUUUCCGCCUUCAAGGUAGAAGGCCAAACCGUAUCACAAACGCAGCUGCAUACAGCUGCUGAGCAGGCCUUGGCUCUGCUUGGCCCCGUGUGGCCGAAGCUCGUGGAGGGGCUGGGUGGUGCCGAGAGACAGGCCGCGCUACUCGAGCAGCAGAGUCAGCUGGCCGCAGAUGCCGCACAGCUGCUGAAGUCAGUGGUUGAGCAUGUAGUCUGGGUGCCCACGACGGACGCUGCCGUGCCAGGCAGCUGUGCUGACAGUUAUGAGGAGGGCCCGCUGACAGCCGCAUGCUGUGCAGCAGUAGUGGCGGCGGCACAGCUGACGCUGGGUCCCGGCGGCGCAGCAUGCUGUCAUCACCUGUCUGAACAGCCAGGUGCAGGCCUCAACUGGUUGACGGCGCAGCAGCGGGUGCUUGAGGCGAUGCGGAGGCUGAGCAGGGGGGCGAGGAGUGGGGCCGCAGGGGCAUCCCUGCCACAACUGCUGCCGUUAUGGCUCAGUCUCAAGGGCCCCUCAGGCCUCAGGUCGCGGUCGGGCGCCAUGCGCAGGGCCGCUGUGUGCCUGCUGUCAGACCUGCUACUACUGCUGCACCGCUCCCCGGUGGGCCGUGCACGUGAAUCAGCUGCCUUCCCAAGCGUGGCAGCUCCUGCCGCGGACGUGGGCCUUUGGGUGGUGGUGCAAGAGCUCGCUGGCAACGUGGCCCCCUGGGAUACGGAUGUGGACGUGAGGUCGGCGGCACUGCGGGCAGCGGAUGCACUGCUGGGUUGUGCGGUCGGCACCGGGGAGCAAUCUGGCAGUGCUGGUGCUGGUGCUGGUGCUGGUGCUGGUGCUGGUGCUGGUGCUGGCGCUGGCGCUGGCGCUGGCGCUGGCGCUGGUGGCGAGCUGGCGGGUGCCAAGGAGUGGCGUCGUGUGGUUGAGGGCGUGCUGACUGCAGCAGCUAAGGCCGCCCCGUGGGCUGUGCAUGCAGCAUCCGCUGCUCCCCCAGUACACGUAGCUGGGAGCUCUACAGAGGUCUGGGAGGCUGCCCUGGACUUUGCGCGGCACCACUGCCACCAGCCCUGGUGGCGCGCGGCUGUGCGGCUGCUGGCGGCGCAGCUGCUGCGGGCGGCUGCGGGCGAGGACGACCCCGAGGGGCCCCUGGCUGCGUACGGUAUUGCGGACGUGGCGCGUGCGGUGGCGGGCGCGGCGGCGUUGGAAGCUGCGCUGGGGUCCUCCAUUGGGCUGUUGCCCGACGACGAUGGAGGGCGGGGUGGUACUCCGGCACGUGAGGUUACUGCGGCCGGGUCAGAAGCUGCUGGGACUGCAGGCACACCCGCUGAGAUGCCGGUCGGGCGGUUGGAGGUGGCGCAGCGGCUGCUGACAGCGGCAGCCGCCUGCAUGACCGACGCAAUCGGCCGGUACGGGCCGGGCUGCCGCCGGGGUGCAGCUGAUGCCCCCGUUGCUGCUGACACACCAGGCACAUUGGGCGACGCGGAUGAGACCUUGCAGCAGCGCUGGUACUCAGUACUGCUGCCAGGGACAUACAGCAGCCAGUUUCAGGGGCCCACGGCUUGCGCGGCUGAUGGGAAGUCAGUGGCAGCGGAGGUGGAGGUGGAGGCAGAGGCGCAAGAGGCCCUGGCGGUGACCCGCAGCGUGAGGUCAAUAUGCGUGGCGGUCGGGCGAAUGCUGGGUGCCGGCGACGUGCUGUCAGUCCUGGAGGCGCUCGUGAGCAAAGCAGAGUCUGCGCCGCUGGCGCCUCAACUGCCGUCAUCGUCUUCUGCUGCUGCCACGGCUGCCCCGCUCGCGAGUCGGGCCAGUGUGCUGCUGGUGGCGGCGGCGGUGGCGGCUAGCGCGCCGGACUGCCUCCGCGCAGUCAGCGGUGCCGAUGUGUCGGUGGAGGCGCUGGCAGCGGCGGUGCGGCUGGCGCGGCUACUGCGGCGGCUGGGCGCGCUACUGCAGGAUCCCGAUCAGCACCUGUUUGCGGAAGCCGGCGGCGCGCCUGUGACGCCCUUAGGACCCAACGCUGCACUGGCGCGGCAGUCGGAGCUUGCGAUCGGGGCAGGUCUGGCGGUGGUGGCAGCGCUACUACCCGCCCUCCCAGUCCCGCUGCUGUACUCGGUCGCUGGUUCCUCUAGGGCUGAGGAGACGGCGCAGGGCGGGAGCAUGGUGGCGGGCACUGGUGGUGGCGAUGCUGCAGCCAGCGGAUUCGGUGGGCAGCCGGGGCAGUCGACGACGCGGCGGCGGGAGGACCCACACGACGUGGGGCGCGACAACGCACCGUUUGGCUCGGGUCGCCGGAUGCAGGUGUUCAUCGAGGAGGUCAGUGAGCCCGCCUCACCGGCACCGGCUGCCGCGCCCUCACCGCACCUGCAGGCGUCCGAGGCUUGGCGGGAUCAACAGGGCCCGCUGCUCAAUGGCUUAGUUGUCCUGAUUGCAACCUACGCGCCCUGCGAGACCGCGGGCAUGGCGGCGGGCAGCAGUCAUGUACCCGGCCCCGGCCUGCCGCCACCCCCGACUGAAGUACACACGCCUUGGGCGUCGCCGACCGGCCCUGCGGCCGCAGCCGCAUAUCAGCUCUUCGUCCUGCUCUCGCGCAUGACGCGCGUUCUGCCCUCGCCGGCUCGUGCGCUGCGUGCUGCCGCGUCUGCUGGGGCCAUUGGAGCAGGCGGUGCUGGGGCCGGCUUGGGGGGCACAGCUGCAACUGGUGGGGGCUCUCUGGGUCUGCUGUCUGCGGAGGCGGUGGCGCAGCAGGAGCUGCUGCUGGGCUGCGGCGCGGCGCUAAUGCGCGACGUGAUUGGGCCGGUGGUGGUGCAGAAGCACGUGCAGGCGCUGGAGGAAGGCCCCAUCAAGCCUUACUCGGGACCAGACACGUUCACCCGUGCGCUGGCGGCGCGGCGCCUGGCAUGGCUGCUGCUGCGCUGCCGCCACCCCUUCUCCAGCGAGGCGCUGCGGCUGGCGCUGCCGCUGCUGCUGGCCGCCUGUGACGACCCCUCGCCAGGCGUGGCGGCGUACGGUGUGGCGACGCUGCACGCAGUGGCGACGGAGUGCCUGGCGGCGGACCUGCAGUGGCAGCGCGACCUGCUGUUGGACGCAGCGCGGCGCCUGGUGACCGGCUGCAGCGAGCAGCUGUGGCCCCUAGCCUGCCCCGCCGCGGUGGCGCUCACACACCGCAUCGAGGGCAAGGACCCCCGCGCCCCCGGCUACCACGCGUUGGCCUGCACCCUGCUGACGGAGGCGGAGCGCAGCGCGCACGUGGCCGCCCGGCGGCUGGCCUUCAUGCCGUCCGCCGCCUGCCUGGUGUCCUGUAUGGGGCUCACCACCUGCCGCUACCUGUCCCGCCUCAUGCCGCUGCUGCUGGAGUGGCUGCACGCGCCCGAUGCCAGCACCCGGGUGCAGGCGCUGGCGCUGCUGGGAGCAGUGCUGCGCGCCACGUGGCCGCGGGUGCCGGCGCACGCGGCGGCGCUGUGGCGGCACCUGCUGCUGGUGCUGGUGUGGGCGGACGGCAAGCCGGACGGGGCUUGGGCGGGCGCAGCAGAGGCGGAUGAUGCGGGGCGUAAGGAGGUGCGUCAACAGGCGGAAGAGGUGUGCGGAUUGUUGCUGGCGUGUGCACCGGAGGAGGUUCGGAGCUUCGAGCCAGAGUCCUCAGGGCGCCUGGCACCUGCAGUCGACAAGCUGCACCAGCGGCUCAUUGCAGGACGUGCCUAAAUUUUCUGUAGCAAGGGCUAUGUGGUUUGCGGUAUCUACCGGCGGAUGAAGUACCGUAUGUCACCAGUGCAAGAGUGAAGGAGACAGAGGUCGGCAUGGGCUCCGGGUCCUCUGGGUCCCUCAGGAAUACCCGCUACCGAAAUCGAAAAUAGUCAACCGCUCUGGGUCCCUACACUACCGAAACCGCUCUAGAAGCCACAUGUGGGGCCCGAAGGGCCCGCGGAAACGGGCCCGAAACAUGAUUGACUACCUCGUUUCGCUGCUAGUAGUUGCCUCCGCACUCGCUGUAAUCCUUCUAUUGAUGGGUAGGCACAAAGAGAACCAGCUGUGCAAGCCACAAUUUAGCCGUGUGCAGCGCAGUGUGGUGUGAUGGAAGCUGGCGUGGCGUUGUGGGAGUGACAAUAGUCUUGGCCGUUGAUGGUAUAGGGCAAGGGAUGCAAAGGAAAUCAAUUUGUUACAUUAGCCUUGGCGGGCUGUGGCUGGCUGUGAGAGAGACAGAGUAGCAGUGCAAGACUGCAGCCUCGAGGGAGAGUGGCUCUCCCCCGUGCAGAGAAUCACAUGUAAGCACUGAUGCCC